AUGGACAAAGAUUGCGACAUGGUAUAUAAAAACAUUUCUGACAUAUAUAAAUCUGAGGAGUUUAAGACCUACGACAACUUUGUUUCAUUAGUUGCAAAAUGUGUUUGGGAAAUAAGAGAUAAAGAUAGAAGAGGCAAAGUAUGGAACGAACAAAUAAGACCCGCUAUGUUUGAGAUGAAGAGAGCAAUUGACGCCUUAGUUGUUUUAGCUGGUUUUAUUUCAAUGUAUAACGCAAAAAUGAACCCGCAAUGUUCAAAAUGUAAGGCAGCAAUUAGGAAAUAUAACUACUCAGUCAAAGAGAUAGAAAGAAUGAGAAACGACUAUGCAGACUUAAAGAAAGAAGCAGAAAAGCCAGCAGAAGAUAAAAUGAACAUGUUAGAAUUUCUGAACAAAAACUAUCCAACAGCAGAAGAUUUCCUUCUAUCUGACGUCAAGAAGAAGUAUAAAGAAACCUUCGGUAUUGUUAAAACUUUUGACAUACUGACAGAAGAAAUAGAAGCUACGAAAUUGUUUAGGAUUUCAAAUAUACAUCGUACAAUUCAUGUAAAACGCUUGUGA